CACGGCACUCACUCUGCUGGGAGCCCUGAAGGGCCAGUCCUGGUGGCUCCCGAGGGUGGGAGCCCAGGCCUUGAAGAGCUUCCAGGACGAACAGGUGUGGGGUGCUGGGCGGGAGGGGAGGCAGAGAGGCCGGGCCGGCUGGCUCUCAGACACCCCUACCCCCCACCAGGGAGACCCUUGAUCUCCCUCAGAGGCCUGGCUCCUGGGUCGGCAUCGCCUCCUGGGCCCCCCACAGCCGUCCCUGUGGGGGGCCCAUCUCAGUCUCUGUGCACACACGGAGAACCCGGGGCCCUGACAGGCCAGGGUCACCCAUCCCCGCUGGACCCAGGGCAGCCUCCAGGUCCCAGCGUCAGCGACGCAGGAGCCAGGCCCUGGGAGGGCUCCUGGGCUCCUGGGCACCUGGGCUCUGCCCGCCCCAUCCCCCUGUAGUUCCAGGGGCUGUGGUUCGUCCUCGGCCUGGCGGGCAGCACCCACAGCAAGGCGGACAGGUCCCUCCUGAGCCCUUUUACAGCCACGUUCGAGCGAAGUGGAAAGCGACGCCUCCAAGUGUCCUACGCCAUGACUCGGUGAGUGAGGCCCCGGCCUGCGCCCCAGAAGCUGAUGGCUCCGUGGCGCCAGGGCGUGUUCUCCACGUUCUUCCCGGGCCACCUCCUGAUGCCAUCACAGCACAGCCUGCCAGGACCUCAGCUGGCUCUGGGUCAUACAGCAAGGAAGGGAGGCAUUUACUGGAAUGUGGACUCGGCCCACAGGCCUAUGGCUUUCAGGUUCAGCUGGAUCCAGGAGCCCAGCUGUUGUGCUCGGGCCUUGGCAUGCCUCUCCCAGGCUUGUGGGCAGGCUGCCUCUCACCUCAUAGGAUAGGACAGUUGCCUAAGCUGUCAUCUUUCUCAGGGUCCCAAUUCUAGGAAGAGGGAGCACCCCGGCCAGCUUGGUAAUGGCCCCAGUUGGUCUUCUUGAGUCAUGUGCUCCUCCUGGACCAGUCGCUGUGUCCAGAGUGGCAGGCACUGUGGUUGGUCUGCCCAGGUCAAGUGCCCACCCCCCAGCGGGGCUAGGCAGCCCCCACCCCAGACCUCUGGUCAGGGCUCCAGGGAACACAGCGUAGGAGCCUGAGCAAGGCAGGUAUGUCGUGGGGAUCCAUCCAGCUGUGCCCUGGAGACUAGGACAGUCUGGCCCCAGAGGAGCCACACCCAGCUGCUGCUGCAGUCCUCCCGGGAGCACCGCCACCCACCCGCCCUUGCAGCUGCCUGCACAGCUCGGCCUCCCGGGGCACCCGCCCUGCCCAGCCGGGCUGUGGUUGGAGACUGAUUGAUUGGAGGAGCCUAGUGCAAAUGCCCCCCAUGAAGCCCUCUGGGUGGCCUCUCCCCCACCCCUGGCCUGCAGGCCAGACACAUGCUGCUGCUCAAAGCAUUCAGCGGUUCCCCGCCAGCGCCCCUGCACUGCUGGGCGGGCCCCUAAGGCUGGAGCAGGCACAGGGGCAUUGCAGGCUCAGCACAGCACGGCCACCCACCUACCUGGCCACCUCGCUUACACUCGAGACCCUGGGAGAGCGAGCUUUCCCUCAUCCCUGUGCACCCUGCUCCAGUCCGAGUGGGAGUGGCCUGUGGGUGGGCUGGGCAGAGGCUGCGAAGGGGUCGGCCAUGCUGACAGGCAGCACGGCUCGCAGGUCACUGCUCUGGGCGCGGGCAGCCUUGGGGCACCGUGUGGAAUUACCUUCCCCAGGGAGGGGGCAGCUGGGCCCCCAGCCUCCUGAAUUCUCCUUGGGGGGCCCGCCUUGGGGCCAAGGAGGGCAGCAGCCUGGCCGGGUUCCAGAGCCCUCCUCCUCUGCCCCACCCGCCCUGCACUGCCCGCCCUGGCACAGGGGCCCACGCUGCAUCACCUGGUCUUACCUGCUGACUCCCACGGCCCAGCCUGGACAGUUCUCAGUGGACAACAGCAGGGGUGAGAUGGGGGGAGGCCGGGAGCCGGCAUGGGGGCCUGCGGCGGGAGGGCCCUUGACCGGCUGCACCCCCCCAGAGCCCGGGGCCUUGGCCGAGGAGCUGCAGGUGCAUGACACCGACUACACCACCUUCGCCCUGAUGGUCUCCAAGAGGCAGUCCGGUGGCCAGCGCAUCCUCAGGGUCUACCUGCUGUGCAGAAUGUGGGCAAUUGAGGUCAAGGAGCUGGACAGAUUUGUCUGCCUGCUUGGAGCCCAGGGACUCUCGGAGGACAACAUCGUCUUUCCAGACCCAGCAGGUGAUGCUUGCCCAGUGCGGGGGGCGGGGGGGACCUGCCUGCGGGCCGGAGCCCCGUGGGUGUGCAUGGCCUACAGUUGGGGUACAUGUGGCCGGGGGCUGGGAGCCACAGAGGGUUCAGCCUGAGCUCAGACUGAGGGCUCUCAUGGCUCCAUGGUGUCCGCCUCCACCUGGGUCACACCUGCCUACACGCUCACCUGCACACCCACCUGCCCAUCAACCUGCUCACUCUCCUGCACACUCACCUACUCACCCACUUGCACACCUGCCUGCACCUGGCCACCUGUACCUGCACUGAGUCAGGGGCUCAUGGAGCUUCCCGAGGACCAGGUCUGGGGGAGAGCAGCCGGGGUGGGGUUCCCUCAGCCCUGGGCCUCCUGCCCCAGCCCUUCCCCUGCAGCGGCUGCAGGCCCCCGUCCUCCCUGCCUCCACCCCCGACCCCCCAGGAAGCUGAGCGUCUCCCUUGCCUGCCCUGGGCUCCGGGCCCCGCCCCUCUGCCCUGCUUCCUGAGCCCCGGUCACCCCAUCAGACUGGGCACCCCAUCAGAGGACAUGCUGAAGGACAGAGUGGCCCCAGCCAGUCCCGUCACUGCCCAGCACUUGCCCUGAGCGGGCGUCACAGAGUCCCACCCGCCGUGACUUCCGUGGCUGUGGAUCAUCUCCUCCCGGCGUGGCCUGGGCCCCGAGAGCAGCAGAGGACACUCCUCUCCUGUGAGGACUGCCGUUAGCAGUCCCAUGGCGACUGUUGGCCCCUCUUGAGGAUUAAAUAAGUUCUUGUCACACCACUCCCUCUGCACUGGCUGGUCAGUGUGCGCUGUCUCUCCAACCACCUUAACCGUGUCCCGGGGCACAGCCCAGCGUGCACCAUCCUCUCCCCGACGGCCCGUCUACCCACACGGACGCCCGGUCCCCAUGAGGCCCCACUGCCACCCCUCCCCCAGCCCCACCGUGGAUUCCCUG